CAACAGUCCUUGAAAGACGUAUGCCCCCUAUAUAAUUUUUUUUUACUUUGAACGGCUUACUCUGACAGAUCCAGAGCAAAUCAGAGUGACUCAUGGUGGCUAGAGCUUCAGAUGCUAUGAGGAACCGCUGCAAUGUUGACCUGCGUCUACCUGCUUUACCUGUGUCUACAUGGAUCUAAGGCUCUUAGUGCCUGUGACCUUGACAUUCCGAGAACAGCAGGGGGCAUGUUGGCUGACUCAGAAAUGACUCACGCCACAUGUACUGAGGGGAUGUACUUCAACACCGACCUCCAACAGUGUGUCGUCUGCCCCGGUGGCACCUUCAUGACGUCACACAUGGCGGGUAAAAAACUAGCAGCCUGUCGGAAGUGUAGCACACCUGUACAGAACGAGGUAAUAAAGUCUGCGUGCACUCCUACAAGAGACACAGAGAUAAUGUGUGCGCCAGGGUUUUAUAAGGUAAGGGACGCCAGCGACCAUUGUGCCUUCUCUUGUCAGGCUUGCAGCGUCUGUGGUCUAGGUGAGCAGUUCUACAAAAACUACGAGGCGAGGCCGUGUCUAGAGGCUAGUGACACCAUCUGUUGCUAUGACGACAACAUGGAUGAGAACUGUGUGGACAAAAAGACCACGACAACAACAACAACGACAGUAAGAACAACAACAAUGUUACAACUACUAACAGCGAAUGAAUUACCUAAAGCUGCACACUUGCGAGGUUUCAACUCAGCUCAGAUAGCCCAUCGUGUGAAUAUCACUCGUUAUCUUCUCAUUUGUAUUGUCAUCAUAACACACCGAAUCAUGUGACUGUCAUCAGUUAUCUUCUCAUUUGUAUUGUCGUCAUAACACACCGAAUCAUGUGACUGUCAUCAGUUAUCUUCUUAUUUGUAUUGUCAUCAUAACACACCAAAUCAUGUGACUGUCAUCAGUUAUCUUCUUAUUUGUAUUGUCAUCAUAACACACCAAAUCAUGUGACUGUCAUCAGUUAUCUUCUUAUUUGUAUUGUCAUCAUAACACACCAAAUCAUGUGACUGUCAUCAGUUAUCUUCUUAUUUGUAUUGUCAUCAUAACACACCAAAUCAUGUGACUGUCAUCAGUUAUCUUCUUAUUUGUAUUGUCAUCAUAACACACCAUAUCAUGUGACUGUCAUCAGUUAUCUUCUUAUUUGUAUUGUCAUCAUAACACACCAAAUCAUGUGACUGUCAUCAGUUAUCUUCUUAUUUGUAUUGUCAUCAUAACACACCAAAUCAUGUGACUGUCAUCAGUUAUCUUCUUAUUUGUAUUGUCAUCAUAACACAAAAUCGUGUAAAUAUGACCUGCUUCUAUAUUGAAAUGAUAUUGUUUGCCUUUACUAUUAUACUUUGCAAUAUUUUUCUUACGUUCUUGUAUCUCACAUUUAUGUAACUGAAAAAAACCAAUAAACGCAUUCAAUUAUCCA